AAACAUUGCAAAAUUGGUGCCAGUCAGUCACAUGCAGCAUAAACAAAAUUAGUAUGUAUUUGGCAGCUGUAACUAUAAGUUCGACUAAGAUAUAAGAAAAUCAUCUUCGCAGUAAUGUUAGUGAUAAAAAAAUCUGUGUUUGUCUUUUUCUGUGCUUUAGUUCCUUUCGUUAUCAAUGACAAUAUAAAUUUCAAUAUGAGAUCAUCUUUAAGAUUCUCAACAAAGAAUCCUUACUAUUUUAAGGAACUGAAUAAUCUUAAUUACAAUGACUUUACGCCCAAGAAAAUAUGGGCGAUUUACAGACACGGCACUCGAUUUCCUGGGAAAAAGACAAUUUCUAAAUAUAUAGGAUUGAUCGAUCACAUUGACACUUUAAAGGAUGCGAGUUUUUUGACAAGUGAUGAAAAAAGUGCCUUUGAGAAAUGGAAACCAUUGACAAUAGACCUUAACCAUCAGAAAUUCCUCACAAAAGAAGGUGAAGAGGAACUUUACAAUCUCGGAACUAGAUUUAGAAGUCAAUUUAUGAACAAUUUUAAAGAAGAUCAAGCUAAUAUUACAAUUAAGCACACACCAACCCAAAGAACAAAUAUCUCAGCACGAAAGUUUGUUGAAGGACUUUUCCAAUCCACUGCCAAUAAUCAUAAAAUUGUCGAAGUAGCUAGAGAUGAUAUAAUUCUACGACCAUAUAAAGGAUGUCCAUUAUGGAGGAAAACAGUCAAAAAGAAUCCAGCAACAUUAAAAGAAAAGAUAUCACUUAUUGAGUCGGUAACUGUCGACAACCUAAUAAAUGAGAUGAGAGAAAUGACACAAAUUAAAGAUCUAGACUUUGCAGACAUUGAACUUAUUUAUAACGUUUGUGGUUUCGAGACAGCAUGGCGACAUUUGCCGCAUAACGGAAAAUCAAUUUGGUGCUCACUGUUUAAAAAUGAACAGCAUAUUGGCAUAAUGGAAUAUCUUGAAGAUAUGGAAUAUUAUUGGGUUGAUGGUCCAGGUUUUGAAAUCACUAGAAAAAUUGCGUGCCGGACUGUAGAUGAUAUGCUUAAUCAACUUGACCCCUCAAAUGGCAAGCAAAGUUUAUCAUUUUAUUUUACACAUUCAGGAACGAUUUUAAAAUUAUUGACAUUUUUGGAGCUUUAUAAGGAUGACUUUCAGUUGACUGCUGAUAAAUUGAAUUAUCAACGGUUGUGGCGAACGUCAUACAUUGAUUCGUUUGCUUCUAAUAUUGUCGUUGUUUUGUAUGAGUCUAAUAAGUAUGGUCCACAUAUCCAAUUUUUACAUCAAGAAAAUGUCGUUGAGAUACCAAAUUGUAAAGUUAAUGAAUUUGGUAUGUGCAGUUACCAUGAAUUUAGAGGAUUUUAUGAGAACAAAAUUAAAGAAUGUAACCUAUCGACUAUUUGUAAUCGGAAAGAUGAGUUAUAAGAGAUCCAUGAGGUUUUUGCUUUCAA